AUGAAGUUCUUCUCUGCUGCUCUCAUCGCGCUGGCCAGCAUCUCCUCCGUCGUCGCCAUGCCCAACCACGCCAAGCGUCAGUCUUCGUCGUCGUCGUCGAGCGCAUCCACUGCCCCCUCUCCUCUCACUCCCAGCACGACCGCCGAAGGCUCGCCGCUGCUGAUCCAGUGGGACCAAGCAACCAGCCAGGCCUGGAAGAGCAUGGAGAUCAAGCUCAUGACGGGCUCGAACCAAAACAUGACCGAGCUCUAUACGGUGGCUGCGGGCGUCGAUGGCACUUCGUCCGGAGCUGGCAAGCUUCUGUGGACUGCACCCAACGUCUCGCCCAACUCGGCCAUCUACUUCUUCCAGUUCACGCACGGCGGCGAGGACCCGACCUGGACGACUCGCUUCGCCAUUGCUGACACUACGGGAGCAGUGACUUCGCCGCCUUACGCCAAGCAGCCCGAAGGCCCCGCGAUCCCCUGGGGUCUGGGCAAGAUCGUCUCGGCUGCAUCUUCGUCCAACCCAUCAUUGGCGUCUGCCUCCGCCUCGGCUACCAGCGCGUCCGCUUCGGCCUCUGCUUCAUCUCUCAGCGCUAGCUCGUCUGCUUCGGCCAGCCGAUUGAGUGCGUCGGCGCUGUCUACGAGCUCGAGUCCCAGCUCUUCAGAGACGUCGAGCAGCUCGUCGUCCGGCUCGAGUUCGAGCAGCCAGAGGUCUUCGGCCUCGACCACCGCUCGCGUGGGGUCGGCUGCCAUGGUCGGCUGCGUCGUCGCUGCUCUCGCCGGUUCGCUGCUUGUUUGA